UCUACCCUUGACGUCAUUCGCAGCUCUUGGUGGGAGCGAUCCGGGCGCUCAUUGGGCGCAGUGUUUGCCCCGCGGUCUCCUCUCCCCGGGAUGUCACACGGGUCUGGGCAGGAGAAGCAGCGGCUGGUGGUCGUGGGAGGAGGCGGGGUCGGGAAGUCAGCGCUCACCAUCCAGUUUAUCCAGUCUUACUUUGUGACGGAUUACGACCCAACGAUUGAAGAUUCCUACACCAAGCAAUGCGUCAUAGACGACAGAGCAGCGCGAUUGGACAUUCUGGACACGGCGGGGCAGGAGGAGUUCGGGGCAAUGAGGGAGCAGUACAUGAGGACAGGAGAGGGGUUCCUGCUCGUAUUUUCGGUCACAGACAAGGGAAGUUUUGAAGAAAUCUAUAAAUUCCAAAGACAGAUCCUGCGAGUAAAAGACCGGGAUGAAUUUCCCAUGAUUCUGGUUGGCAACAAGGCUGACUUGGAGCACCUGAGGCAGGUAACACAGGAGGAGGGGCAGCAGUUGGCACGGCAGCUCAAAGUCACAUACAUGGAGGCUUCAGCGAAAAUCAGAAUGAAUGUAGACCAAGCUUUUCAUGAACUUGUUAGAGUUGUAAGGUGA